AUGUACACAUUCUUUUUAUGCCUCAGACGCUGCCAGUCGACCGGUCGCCUGCCCUGUUCAUCUGCCGCCUGUUCUUCUUCGGUCUUCUCGAUCGCUCCUUCCUUUGGCCGUGACCACUCGCUCGGUGGCGCUACCGGUCAGAACCUCUUGACUGGCGAUCACUUUCAGCUGCUCCGACUUGCCACUCAGCAGAUUGGACAGUACGUAUCGCAUCAUUUGGUUGGCUACUUCAUCUAUGCAUGCUUGCAAAUGGGUGAAGUUACUUCCCGAACCGGAAGUGCAUUCGGUGGCAUCUGUUCCCUUGCACAACUAAACUAA